CCAGUUCAGAGCACACUGACUGUGAACACUUGCACUGAGACAGAGGAAACCUCAAGCACUUUCUGACAUGACCCAGCAAAGGUGAACAACGCGAUGGGAGUUCUGCUGAGAAAGUGACAGGAGGCAUAUCGACGAAAAGGAAGUUUAGAAAACUAGAAGUUAAUAUUCUCUCGAUAGUGUCACAUCUAAGAAUAUUGUUUUGACUCAUCUUAAAACCAAAAGCGCGGUUUAUGGUUUGCUGAUAGCUAGCAUUGGUUGGGCAACAUUCAUCAAGUUCAUAACCGGGGGAACAGAGGCAGGAUGUACUAUGAAGAAAAAGCUAAUUCACACAAGCCACGUUAUGGAACCAUUCAGGACGAUGAGAGGCUCUCGGCGGAGGAGAUGGACGAGAGGAGACGACAGAACAUCGCCUACGAGUAUCUCUGUCACCUGGAGGAGGCCAAACGGUGGAUGGAGGCGUGUGUAGAGGAGGAGCUGCCCUCCACCACAGAUCUGGAGGAGGGUCUGAGGAACGGAGUCUACCUUGGAAAACUGGCCAAGUUCUUUGCUCCCAAGAUGGUGUCUGAGAAGAAGCUCUAUGACAGGGACCAGGCUCGCUACAAGCGCACAGGACUUCACUUCAGACACACAGACAACACAGUGCAAUGGCUACGGGCCAUGGAGUCUGUAGGGCUGCCUAAGAUAUUCUAUCCUGAAACGACAGAUGUGUACAAUCGCAAAAACAUGCCCAAGGUGGUGUACUGCAUACACGCGUUAAGCUUAUACCUGUACAAACGGGGCAUUGCCCCACAGAUCCAGGACCUGCUGGGGAAAGUGGCCUUCACAGAGGAGGAGAUCAGUAACAUGCGGAGCGAGCUGGAGAAAUACGGCAUUCAGAUGCCAACCUUCAGCAAGAUAGGAGGCAUCCUGGCCAACGAGCUCUCGGUGGACGAGGCAACCUUGCACGCUGCUGUGUUUGCCAUCAACGAGGCGGUGGAUAAGGGUGAGGCGGCUGUGACCAUAGGGACAUUGAAGAACCCCAACGCUAUGCUGAGGAACACUGGGGAAGAUCUGGCCCAGGACUACCAGGACACUCUUAGCCGGGCCAAGGCCAGCAAGGAGCUCCAGGCCUCAGGCAGGCGCUUGUCCAUAGCCACAGAGGAGAGAGAUGUUUAUGAGGAGCUGCUGACCCAGCAAGAGAUCCAGAGCUGCGUCGACCUUGUUAACAUGCAGGUGGCGGUGCGGCAGGUGAACCAGGCCAUCUCUGCCCAGAAUGAGGCUGCGCUGCUAGUUGGGCUCAAGGUGCUGGCCCUGGGGCUGCUGGGGGUCCAAGAGGCCAACUCUCACUGGUACCUGGAGCACUUCACCACCUACUGCCAAGUCCAGACUCGGGUCAGUAAGGACAGUGGUCAAAUGGUGGAGGCACGUCUAGACGCUGGAGGUGCAGUGAUGCUGGAGAGGGAGGAGAUUCAGAGGGUGGUCAUAUCCUGUAACGACUUUGCUGAGGCAGAGAAACGAAAACUGGAGGCCAUUACAGCGAUCAACUCUGCCAUUCGUCAUGGAGUAGCAGCAGAGACUAUAGAGGAGCUGAUAAACCCAGAGGCCCAGCUCCCCAUAGUCUACCAGACUGCUGCCAACCUCUACCAGACCGAACUGUUCAGCCUGCAGAUACAGGGACCAAAGGCAGGCCUGGGGCAUGAGGAGCUGUCUGUUGCAGUGGAGAUGCUGUCUGCAGUGGCGGUGCUCAACGAGGUCCUGGACACCAAGGAACCCCAGGCCGUCACUGAACAGCUUUCUGACUCUCCUCUGGGCUUCAGCAACAUGGACCACGACAACCUGCACAGGUACGCAGACACUCUGAUCAGCCUCAGAGCCGACAGUCUGUCCCGCGGCCUGGAGUUCCUCACCUGGAAUGAUGUUCAGAAGACCAUCGACACAGUCAAUCUGCAGGUCCACGAGGAACACGAGCGUAUUAUUGCUAUAUCUGAGAUCAAUGAGGCACUGAGCUCUGAUGACCCUAACCAGACCCUCUCUGCCCUGCUCCUGCCCACGGCCAAACUGCAGGGAGUCAACCCAGCCACAGCCAAACACUACCACGACGUCCUGCAGAACACCAAGCUAAUCAUCUGCAAGGUCUUACCUCUGGACACAGAGGAAAUGAGCUCAGGGGAUGAGUCUGCUGUGCUGUGGCUCAAUCAGAUCCAAGAAGGCAUACACACAGCCAACCAAGAUGAAGAGGAGGCUCUGACAUUGGCUGGAGCAGUGGCAGACAUCAACAGGGAGGUGGCAGCGGGAGACUCCCAAAUGACCCUGCAGGCCCUCCAAUCACCCCUGCCAGGGCUGAGAGGGGUUCUGUCUGAGUGUGCAGACACCUACCAGACACAGCUGGGCCAGCGCCAGGACCUCAACGUUACUACUGCAGGCAGCAGUGACAGUGUGUGGGUGAAACACCAGAUCAAGGGAGGUUAUGACUACUACUACAACCUGGAGAACAGAGAGGGGACCUGGGAGGAGCCAGAGGACUUCACACACAACAGCACACAGCUCCGCAGAGAGGAAAUACAGAGUGUGGUUGGAGGUGUGACAGCGGAGUAUAACAGGGAGCAGUUAUGGUUGGCCAACGAGACCCUGGUAACUCAGCUACAGGCUCGGGUUAGAGGUUACCUGGUGAGGAGAGCUCACGCCGAGAGACUGGAUUUCCUACGACAACAAGAACCACACGUGGUCCGACUACAGGCCUCCUGGAAGGGCUAUAAACAGAGGAAGAUGUACAAAGACAGAAUGAAUGUGCUACAAAGCAACGUGGGGACUGUCGUCAAGCUUCAGUCGUUUGUUAAAAUGUGGCGAGCCAAAAGUAAAUACUCUCAAAGACUGCAGUAUUUCAAAGACCAUGAGAAAGACAUAGUGAAGAUCCAGGCUUUCCUCAAGGCUAACAAAGCCAGAGACGACUACAGAACACUCACCGGGGCUCAGGACCCUCCUCUGUCGGUGGUGCGUAAGUUUGUUCACCUGCUGGAGCAGAGCAGCCUGGACCUACUGGAAGAACAGGAAGUGACACGGCUUAGGGAGGAAGUGGUCACUAAGAUUCGCUCCAAUCAGCAGAUGGAGAAAGACCUCAACCUGAUGGACAUUAAGAUUGGCCUGCUGGUCAAGAACAGGAUCACCCUACAGGAUGUGGUUUCCCAUAGUAAGAAGCUGACGGUGAAGAAGAGUAAAGAAGAGCUGGCUGCAGGGGACAGGCAGGGCAUCAAGGCACUGAGCAAAGACAAGAGGAAGAAACUAGAGGCUUACCAGCACCUCUUCUACCUGCUGCAGACCAACCCUUCAUACCUGGCCAAGUUAAUCUUCCAGAUGCCCCAGAACAAGUCUACUAAGUUCAUGGACACAGUGAUCUUCACCCUGUAUAACUAUGCCUCCAACCAGAGAGAGGAGUACCUGCUGCUCAAACUCUUCAAGACCGCACUGGAGGAGGAGAUCAAGUCCAAGGUGGAUCAGAUCCAGGACAUUGUGACUGGAAACCCCACGGUCAUCAAGAUGGUGGUGAGCUUCAACCGUGGAGCCCGUGGUCACAACACGCUGAGGCAGCUGUUGGCACCUGUGGUCAAGGAGAUCAUCGAGGACAAGGGCCUGGGCAUCAACACCAACCCUGUGGAAGUGUACAAGGCUUGGGUCAACCAGCUGGAGACCAACACUGGAGAGGCCAGUAAACUGCCUUACGAGGUGACCCCGGACCAGGCCAUGUCACACGAGGAAGUACGUGCCAAGCUGGAGUCCUCCAGUCGGGCGCUGCGGACAGCCACAGACAAAGUGCUCAACUCCAUCGUGUUGUCACUGGACAACAUCCCCUAUGGCAUGAGGUACGUUGCAAAGGUCCUGAAAAAUUCACUUCAUGAAAAGUUCCCAGAUGCUACAGAGGAUGAGUUGUUGAAGAUUGUAGGGAACCUGCUGUACUACCGCUACAUGAACCCAGCCAUAGUGGCUCCAGACGGCUUCGACAUCAUAGACAUGUCAGCCGGAGGUCAGCUCCACUCUGACCAGCGUCGCAACCUGGGCUCCGUGGCAAAGAUGCUGCAGCACGCCGCCGCCAACAAGCUGUUCGAGGGAGAGAAUGCCCACAUGACCCCCAUGAACAACUACAUCUCCCAGACCUACCAGAAGUUCAGGGUGUUUUUCCAGGCGGCGUGUGACGUCCCUGAGCCGGAGGAGAAGUUUAACGUGGAUGAGUACUCUGACAUGGUGACUCUGUGCAAGCCUGUCAUCUACAUCUCUAUAGAUGAGGUCAUCAACACACAUUCGCUAGUGUUGGAGCACCUGGAAGCAAUCUCCCCCGACCACAACGACCUGCUGCAUGAGCUGUUGCAGGACCUAGGAGACAUGCCUGACGUGGAGGCACUGCUGGGUGAAGGGGUGGUGGAUCCUAACAAUCCCAACAAGGAGAGCACCCUGAGUCAGCUGGCAAAGACUCAGAUCUCCCUCAGCCUCACUAACAAGUUUGAGCUGCUGGAAGGCGAUGACAAGGACACGAAAGGCCUGAUGAUGAAAACUAAGAAGCUGAUAAUGGAUGUAAUCAGGAUCCAGCCAGGAGACACUCUCCCAGAGACCCUGGAGACCCCAGCCUCUGGCCUCCAGGAGCGUGAGCAUGCUAAGGUGGUGGAGCUGCGUGCAGUGCAGGACGCCCAGGCCCCAGAGGGGCUGAAGAGCAGCCAGGCAGUGCUGGAGGACAGACAGCUGCCUCUAGAGCAGAAGAAGAGGAAGAUCCUCCGCAAUCUCCGAACCCUGGAGCAGGCUGGCCUCGUCACCACUGGCAACAAGUACCAGGAUCUCAUCAACGACAUCUCCAAGGACAUUCGUUACCAGAGGCGUUACAGACAGAGGAGGAAGGCAGAGCUAGUGAAGCUCCAACAGACACUGAGUGCGCUCAACUCAAAGACAGCCUUCUAUCAGGACCAGACCAACUACUAUGACACUUACAUCAGGACCUGCCUUGACAACCUCAACAGGAAGAACGCGCGGCGGUCCAUCAAGCUGGACAGGAAGGUGGAGGAGAAGGGCAGUACGAAGUGGAAGCAUCAGUCUCUGAAGUACACGGCGGCCCGGCUGCAUGAGAAGGGAGUGAUCCUGGAGAUAGAGGGGCUGCAAACCAACCAGUUCAAAAAUGUCAUGUUUGACAUCUCGCCCAGUGAGGAAGUUGGGGACUUUGAGGUGAAGGCCAAGUUUAUGGGAGUUGAGAUGGAAAAAGUCCAACUCCAUUUCCAGGACCUGCUCCAACUUCAGUACGACGGAGUGGCAGUGAUGAAGAUGUUUGACAAGGCCAAAGUCAAUGUCAACCUGCUCAUCUUCCUCCUCAACAAGAAGUUCUAUGGAAAAUAAACCAAAUAUAGAGGAAGGGUAAAGAUAUGGAGGAGGACAUGGGUGUGAAAGGAUUGUAUACCUUCUGACAAAGUAUUGUUUGUUAAAGGAGCCAUUGGGAUAGGAAGUUUGAAUGGUGUUAUGUAUGUCUGACUGAAUAUGAUUUGGUUUCAAUUUAUAGCAUGUCUAUCCUCAGGCUCACAUACACACAUCCUCAGGCUGGUGAGCCACAAACACACACAAAGGGUUGUUGGUUUUAUUUGAUGCAGUUUUGAUUGAUCUUGUAUUGUCAUGUUAUAUCUGUUUCAUUAUUUUGUUUAUGUUCAGUUUUCCACUGGGAGAUUGUACAUGGAAUAUAUUUUUUUAAGGUAUAUUGUAAUGAAAUCUACAUUUUAUAUGUAGAAGUUCUAUAAAGACAACACUGUUAUUGUCACUGAAAAAUGAAGUAUGUUUGCAACAAGAUGUGUACAAUGCACUACUGCCUAAUAGACAGAAUGGGAGUUUAGACAGUAGUACAAUUCCUGUCCAGCUAUAUACAGUAGCCAGCAUGGAUUGUCUGGAAGUGGUUAAUAAUCAGUGUAUUUUUAAUCCACAUACAGUACAUUGGGAAGCUGUGCAUCUUUUAAAGUCUAUUAAUUAACAUGCAUUUCUAGAGUUUCGCUGCUUUUUACACAUAAUGUACCGUCCAGUAUACAUUUAAAUAAUUUCUAAUGUUUUAAUGAGUUUAAUAAAAAUACAAAUAUAUAUAUUA